AUGACGCUAGCUCAAUUGGAUUGCCUGGCUACUUGGAGCUUGCACGCCGAGCUGAAGGAGGAGCAGAUAGCUCAUAAAAAGCUCAGGGAGGAGAGCACACGUGCUGCACGGGAGGUCGAACAGGCGGAUUUGGUGCCAGCAUAUGUUAGACUACUUCGUGAUAUUGAGGCUGAAGUACGCAUAUCAAGUUUUGCCAGAUCUUGGACCCACAGCUUGCAAUUGGUUCUUGUGGUCUGUGGUAGAAAUUUGAUGAAUCAAAUAGAUAAUCAGUUUACUGCACUUUCACCUUUACUUGCGUUUCUCUUUACCAUCAAUGUGCAGAUCCUAGAGGGGCUCCUUAAAUUGCCAGAGAAUAAACAGUGUGCUGAUUGCAAGGGAAAUUGUGGCAUUCCAAGUAGUAUAAUGAUGAACAAGAGGUCCACGAUGGGAUGCAUCUCAAUAACUGCUUCGUGUCAACUGCAGGUAAGAUCUGCAACCCUGGACACAUGGCUUCCAGAGCAGGUUGCAUUUAUUCAAUCAAUGGGAAAUGAAAAGGCAAAUAGCUAUUGGGAAGCAGAACUACCUCCAAACUAUGACAGAGUUGGAAUAGAGAACUUCAUUUGUGCAAAAUAUGAAGAUAAAAGAUGGAUACCUAGAAAUUCUACUACAAGAUCACAUUUACAGUAUGGAGAAGAGAAGGUUUCUGAAUAUAAGGAAAAGCCUGAUGAUAGGCGUGCACAAGGUUCUAUUAAUAAAGCAGAUUCUCCUGGGGAGCACAAAAGCCCUAAGCAACAGGGUCCAAAGAAAACCAGCCUAGUAGUCCCAAAGUUACCUACUCCGGUGUUUAAAAGAAUCCUCAAAGCAUAUGCAACAAAACUUUAUUCUCGAUUACCCAAGGGGGGUUCAGGGCUCGUUGCAGUUGCUACUGGUACAAAUGGGCAAAUCAAGGUUAUGUUCCUAGUGAAAUUGGCGAAAUUGGCGAUUGAGGCUGACAGGUUCCUAGUGAGUAUUUGACAUUGAGGCACAAGUUUUUGGAAACAAAUAGAGAAUAUAAAGUCUUUGUCCGAGAAGUUUCAUGUUUUGUAAUCAAAUGUUGAUGUUGUUUGAAUAUUAGUUCGGUACGAUAUUUUCUGAGUUGAAAUGUUGGUAGUGUGGAUUUUAUACUUUGUAGUUUUUAUACUAUACCGAUGUAUGUUGGCACUUAUCAUUAUGGUUGAUUAUGCUCAACAUUUUCACUUUGA